GUAUUCAUUACUUUGGGUUAAUAGAUAGAGGUAGGUAGACGGAUAUUAUGGUAAUCGUGACGGCGCAUUUAGUCGGUAACAACUGUAGUUCGAGCCAUACAAAGCAAGCAGCCCCCUUUCUUGCGUUCUAACGUUUUUCGAUUUUACGCAACAUCUCAAGAAGGUGUUACUUACUUGGUUCUGCGAAGUCGCUGUAAGUGAUAGGAUUGUAUUUAAGAACCACUCCCCGCGACUGCGUCGCGGGGCAAGCCUCGUACUUGCUCUUCCCGUCGAUUAUGAAAGAAAAAAAUAUUUGUGCGUCAAGUAUUUUCAUGUUUGUUGUUGAGGAUUGCCUAAGGAUAGAGUGCGGAGGUGCUCGCUCAGUUUUGGUUGUCCAGUUUGCGCCUGAUCUCUGCUUCUCGCAGCGUCCGCCAUAAACUUGUCCUCCUCGUAGCGUCAUGUCGUAAAUCCACUCGUAGCACAAAAAAAAACUGAGCUUGAGGCGGAACAGCAACUUCGAUCUCAUUGCGUUCUGCCGCCGACCGCUUGGAAAAAAUCCUCAACAAAAAAACAGAAAUACUUGACAUACCCAUUCAUAAUAUUUCUUGCAUUUAAGAAAAAACAGGCGGCAGUAAAGUGCUUUUGGCGCUCGAAAAACAAAUCGGCGGCGCAACAGAAAAAGCUCCGAAGCUUCUGAAGAUCUUUCUGAAGGUUUUUUGCGCGCGUUUUUACAAAAAAUCAAGUUUCUAGUUCGGUGCGCGCAACAGAAACACCAAAUUUUGUUGGACCUUCUGAAGGUUCUUCAGAAGAUGCACCUUCAGAAGACUCAGAAAUCAGAGUCUUCUGAAGGUGUGUUUUCUUUAUUUUUUUCAUUUUUGUCAAAGUGCGACAAUUUUCGAAAAACCUUCAGAAGAAAUUUGAGUCUUCUGAAGGUUUUUUUUCAUUGUCCUGAUUUUGCGUCAUUUUUCGAGUUUAAAAAAUGGCAGUCUUCUGAAGGUUUCGGACGUCCGCAUAAAGCGCACUUCUUCAGAAGAAUGGCUGCCUUCUGAAGGUUUCAAAAAGUCGUUUUUUUAGUCUUCUGAAGAAUUUUUAGUAGAAAAAUCGAAAAAAUUCUUCAGAAGGUGAAAGAAAACCUUCAGAAGACUGAACCUUCUGAAGGUUGCAAAAAAUGAGCGAUGAUCUCGUUUGCGCGAGCUAAUUCUGCGAUUUUUAUAAUGAAAAAUAGCCGGCCAAUUUUUUUGACCUUCUGAAGGUUGAAAAUCAAUUUUUUUUCUUCAGAAGCUCUUCAGAAGGUCAAACCUUCAGAAGCUUUGGGAGGAGCAAGUGCAUAUCUUUCCCCUAUAGUAUAUAGAUUAUACUGAAAAAGAAGAAACCAUGUUUUCGUCCUUUGCAGUCGAUAAAAACAGCAGGACGACCACGACCUGCAAGUUGCAGGGUCGACCGCCGGCACGAAUAAAAACACCGUCACGAAGCACAAGCAGCAGGUCUUCACUCGCGGCGCCGAGUCGUGUUUCGUCUCUGGUUCGUACAUUCUCUGGGAUAUGCUGCUUGCCCCAAACUUUCUCUUUGCUUGGUCCGGCGUUCACGGUUCUUGCAGCGGCACAGGCCACCAGCGCAGCGGAUUCAUCUGCUUCGCGGGAGAUGCCGAGCGGGAAGUCGUUGAUGGGCGAUCCGGACAUGGAGAUUCAGUCUUUUGACUCACUGGCGGACAGUUUCAAGGUUUCUCUCGUCCGGCCCCCGGACGAGCCAAAGAACAGCGGGGUGAAGUCGAUCGUGAAUAUGAGCAGCAUGGUGAUGCUGUCAGACGAAGAGCUGAAGACGCUGGACGACUAUGACGAGCUGUUCGAGAAGUACUCCAUGUUUUGCAACGGCAGGUGGCUGGGGGUGCAGGUCCUGCAGGACAGCCAAGAUUUGAUGUACAUGCAGCACAUCGUGUACAUGCGGAAACUAUCAACUGCAAAUAUGUCUGGGUCUGGAAGAAUACAAACUUGUGAUGCGCAUUUCAGAACACAGAAAAAUCUCUCAUGCAUAGGUAGCAAAAGCUGCCCACUCUCUGUCACCAAAAUGGGGGACUUGUCAUGCGGUUUCGGCAUUGCGGAAGCUUCUCGAGACCUGUGAUGCUAGAGCUUCCAUGCCAGCCCUUCAGUGUCAUGCAAAAACAACAUGACUCUUCCAGACCCAGACAUUUUUGCAUUUCAUCGAGACCGGACCUGAUCAUAGAAACGGGGACCUACAAGGGCGGCCUCACCUUUUUUUUCGCGACUCUGCUCGACAUGAUCGCAAAGGAAGAAGAGAGCAACGCGCUCGUCGCUGGAAGUAUCAACUUCGUUCUAGUUCUUUCGGUUGUUUGAUAGAUUCCUUUUCUUGUGCAUAGGCGUAAAGGUAAUCUAAUCAUCAUGUUGCAGUUGACCAUGACCCCUUCGACGCGCCUCUGACAACUCCAGUGCACCAGCACGGUCCACUUGUCAGGAGAAAACUCUAGGACGGAAUCAAUUGCUGCACGCAGUGAGAUGUAAUAGAAGCCGUGACGCAUUGGUCGUGCAUGAAAGGCGACACAAGAAGAGUUCUCGAUGCGCUGUCGUGUGAUCUGUGGUGUCAAAGACGAAGUGAGAGUGGCCACUUUUGAAUUACAUCACACAGCUCCGCAUACGCCGCGCCCGUCCGCUGUAAUCUCCGUGGAUAAGCACCAUCCCCACAUGGUCUUUGCCGCCAACUGGUUUUGCCCCGUUUGUCUCGACUGCCGCAGGUCCUACGACACACGGGAGUGGCACGAGCGCGUGCGCUUUGUCAUGGGCCUCGCGGAUACGGAUGAGACCCACAAUGAGGUGCUGGCGCACAUGAUGGAGAUUGGAUACGACUUUCAGCGAGAAGCUGGGCCGGCGGUGGCAGGAUCCGCGGUGAAGGAUAAAGUCGUCGUGGUAAAAAAAUUAAAAUAGGAUAGCGUCUUUAUAAUUCCCAUUGUGCAGGCAAGGCAGAUUUUUCUUUUUGUGAGGUCCGUCCAGCCACAGGACGCGCAUCACAAGUAAGUUGGCACUUGUUUAUUUUCGACGCGAUAUAGGACGAAAAGCAAAAGCAAAGGAGUAUCACCUCCACAGGUAAACCUGGACGCAAACCACGAGUAUCAAGGGCUUUUGAAGGAGCUGAUCUACUAUGCGCCCUACGUGUCCCUAAAUUCCUACCUGAUUGUGCAGGACGCGAAGCUGGACAAAAUCUGGGGCGUGCCGGCGGUUUCGUCCGCGGUCGAGCGGUUUCUCCAGCUGUUGCCCCCCUUCGAAUUUGUCAUCGAGCAUGAGAUCAAGUUCCACGGCUACUCGCAGCAUUUGUAUCUCCGACGGGCGAGCAAAACGAUAAGUUGGGACUACUUCGCGAAAAUGUUCCAAGUAAACGUCACCAGUGCAGCAGCAUCUGGCGGUACGCAGGAAGAGCUGUAAUCAAGCGGGGAGCAGCCAGUGGCUUCUUGCACACUUGCUCUGCCAGCGCGGAGCGACGGGGGAUAGUCCUCGUUCUCGUAACGAGUAAAGGUAAAGAUUGAAGGGAAGUUACAUCAUACAACAUAGUCAUCGAUUUGCUGCCGUACUAGCGUCAGCACGGUGUACUUUUCGGUUCCUAGAUAGUAGUUGUUCUUAUCGCCCGCAAGAGAUUGAUACAAAGACAAA